CCCACGCACAAGCACAUUUCCCCCUACUUCGAAGUUCGGGCUUAACAGUCGCAAAGCUCAACAGCAAUGGCUUUGCUUCGUUAUCCUUGUUUCCUCACAGAACAAGUCGUCCAUCUAACGCCUCUACUGUCUCUGCAAAACUCUCUGCAAAACCCACAACACCUCUCCAAGCACACACCAACCACUCUCUCUCUUUCUGGGUCUCUUUCCUCACUCUCUCUUUCUCUCCCACACACCCACACUCGCUCAUCUUCCAUAACUCGGACCAAAAGGCUGAGCAACUUCGUUUUCAAAUUCUCCUCUACUGCUCAAGAACAAGCUCUUGAUGAAAGCCCAGUGCUGGAGGCAGAGCCCGAAGAGUUCUCUGAUACAAGAUUGCUUGCCCAAAAUGUGCCUUGGACUUGUACCCCAGAAGACAUUCGUACUCUGUUCGAGAAGUACGGCACCGUCGUUGACGUUGAGCUUGCCAUGUAUAACAAGACCAGAAACAGGGGUUUGGCAUUUGUAACAAUGGGUUCACCGGAGGAGGCUCUUGCGGCUCUCAACAAUCUCGAAUCUUCUGAAAUGGAGGGUCGUAUUAUAAAGAUGGCUUAUGCCAAGCCGAAAAAGACGAAGAUUCCCCCUCCUUCUUCGCAACCCAAGCCAGUAACUUUCAAUUUGUAUGUGGAAAAUUUGCCAUACGAAGCAAGGUCUAAAGAUCUCAAGGAGCUUUUUAAUUCAGAGGAUUGUAGUGUUGUUACCGCGGAAGUUGUAUUCCAAGGUAAUCCGAGAAGGUCUGCAGGAUAUGGAUUUGUGGGCUUCAAAUCCAAGAAAGAGGCUGAGGCAGCCCUUUCUGCUUUCCACGGGAAGUUGCUUAUGGGAAGACGAAUUCGUGUGGCCCGUGGUAAACAAUUUGUUAAAGUACCAAAAGAAGAGAGUUCACAGUUGGGUGAUGAAUCUACUGAAUUGAAUUCUAUUGUCGAGCAAGUGAACACAGAUGUCAAUGAUACAAAUUGAAUGUGGGGCACAGUGAAAUUUCUGUGUUUUCUUCACAUCAUGUUUGUCUAGCUUACUACGUCAGAAUAUCUCUCUGCUUUGGAUUUCCAAACUGUUAACCACACCAACAGGAAAGCUGUGACAUGUUCUGGACCUCUGGUUAGCGAUUCAGGAAAAGUGAAGUUAAGAAAUAGGAUUUCCUUGAUCUUCUAAAAGAAUUUGCUUGCUAGAUAGUGGUAGACAAACUUACGAAAACAAGGGUGAAGAAUGAUUUUGUGAACUUCGUAGAUUUACCUGGAGAGUGGGGUCGAAUUCUUUGGCAGUUAACUUGCAAUAAUUAAGAUCAGUCACGAUAUAUGCUAGCACUUGUUAGCUGUAACAUUCAUUUUUGUUAAACGGAUAUCUGUUGUUUGA